AGAGCUCCGUGCGGCGGUAAUAUCUUUCGCGACGUGCACCGAGAAGAGGAAUUUGCAGGAGACGCAUUUUGCCCUCGCUUUUAUUGUUUCGCUCUCCAUCUGUGAGCUGGAGUCACUCUUCAUCUCUCCAGGUGUCACGGUGCUCUCGAAUACUUAAGUUCCUUAAACCAUCGCCGUGUGAAAAGCGGCGUGUGCUCUUUUAUUUUUCGUGUGUGUGUGUGUAUGCAUGCGGUGCGCGCAACUUUAAGCGGUGUCUUGCCUCGCCUCUUCGUGUGAACUCGCCGGUGCGUGGCGCGGGAAAUGUCGCCGAAGUGGCAGGCGGAUGGUGCGUGGGGCCACUGAUGCCCUGCGACGUGGAUUCGUACUGCUGAGGAGUAUGGUGCUUGUUCAAGGGAUACAUCGGGUCGUGUGAAUUCGUACUGCGACUUUUCGGCUCGAAUCUUCGCGUCUCGUCUCAUUGUGCUGCGGCGUGCUUUUUUAUGUGCGCUUGUGUCGGUCGGUCAUGAGGCAGCGUCGUCGUUUAGACUGACGUCAUUCACUGUACGCCGUGUCACGAGAUGCAUACCCUGCAUAUGCGCUCGGUAUGAUAGUUCGUGGAUCACACUUGAUUUUCGUUAGAGAUUUUUGAAGAUCAGUUCAGAUAGACGCGUGACUGUGUAUAUCUAUUUGCCUGUCGACUUUGAACAAACUUCGCGCACUCGCAUAAGCAUGUAGAGAGUUAAAAGUGUCCACAAGAGGAGGAAGAAACAAAACCACUAUUUUUAUUCUACCGACGUACAGCCUCGUUUAUGUGUUGCGCGAACAGGUGUGAUAGAGAACAACCAAACGGUCUCUUUACCGGGAUGUGCUGACGUGAGGACUGCAGAGAAGCCGCCCCGCAGUGGCAGGCCCCCAUGGGGCCUAGUGUACCGCCGUCUCGUUGUGCGCGAUGGCAUCAGCGUCUUCAGCGACGUGCGUUGUCGCCGCCUGCUGUGGAUAUCUGCGGGGCUCGACGACCACGGAUAUUCGCGGACCCACUUCCUCGAGCUGGCGACGGCGUCGUCCGCGAGCGCUGAACACGGCGAACGUUGCGGUGCUGGCAGCGCUGGCGCUCGUCUUGGGCGCGCAGGAAGUGUCGUCGACGCAUUCGAGAGGCACUUCCAAGCGCCUCAUCGUGCGCGAAGGCCACCAGACGGAGUUGCCGUGCGACCUGCGCGACGCCCUGUCCAAUGACUCGCUCGCCUUCGUGCACUGGUACCACGCUCCCGAGCGCGACAUUCACGGCGGCUCCUCCGGCGCGGCCUCCUCGCUGGGAUACGGUUUCCGUGCAGCCGCGGCCAGCCGCGAGCCCAUCUACACGGUGGACUUCGGGCCGGACCCGGCACUCAGCAGGGAGACAACUGUGGGAGCCGCGGGUGGCAACGGGGCCGCGGGAGGAAGUGGACGAGGCAAUAACUUGAUGCAGGUGAGCCGCUCAGCAGGACACGGAUGGGUGGGGCGUGCCUACUUUUCCAUCAUCGGCCACCCUGCCAGUCUCAAGGUGAACAGCGUACGCUUCGAGGACGCGGGUAUGUACACGUGCACGGCGGUGUACCGAGAUGGCGCCCGCAGGAACUCCACGGUGCGGCUGCAUGUCGUCGCACCUCCCGAGCCACCGGUGAUACGAGACGGCGAAGGCAACGAACUUCGAGGGACGAUUGGCCCCUUCAAUGAGGGCAGCACGCUGGCAUUGGUGUGUGUCGUCUAUGGAGGAAAACCGAAGCCCACACUUGUGUGGAGCGGCAUGCCGGACGGGAUGAUGGCUGAGGUGCGCCCUUCCUCUGAAGCACAGCUCACCACCUCUACGCUUCUCAUCCACUCGCUGAGGAGGGAGGACCUGCGUUCGACGCUCUACUGCACAGCGUCCAACAACAUAUCGUCGCCAGCCGACACGUCCGUCACGCUGGACCUCAACCUGCGUCCCACUUCGGUGAAGAUCAGGCGUACCGACAUUCCGAUCUCGGCAGGCCUGCCCGCCGAGAUUGCCUGCGAGGUGUGGGGCUCCAGGCCACCGCCUGUGGUCACGUGGUGGAAGGGACUGAGUGAACUCAAUCACACAUUCGUCUACCUGUCGACGGAUGGCAAUAUGACCACGAGCGUGGUGUCGUUUACGCCCUCGAGGGACGACCAUGGUUCCAGCCUCGCCUGUCGCGCCAAGAACCCGGCCAUGGCGGAGAGCGUGGAGGAGGACACGUGGACCAUGGAUAUCCAGUACAAACCGAAGAUAUCGCUCCAACUGGGCACCAAGCUGAGCCUUGAGAAUAUCCAGGAAAACAACGACGUGUACUUGGAGUGCCGCGUGGACGCCAAUCCUCCGGUGGACGAAGUGGCCUGGCAGUUCAACGCGCAAGAGCUGCAGGCCUCGGAGAACGUGCUCGUCUCCAAGAACUUCCUGGUCAUCCAGCGAGUGCAGACGCACCACUCGGGCCUCUACUCGUGCAGCGCCGCGAAUGCCGAAGGCCGGACGAAGGGCGAGACACUGCAGCUGCGCGUUCAGCACGCCCCGCUGUGCAAGGCCAACCAGCACGUCGUGUACGCCGCGUCACGGCACCAAGAGGUCGAGGUGCACUGCGAAGUCGAAGCAGACCCGAGCAAUGUGACGUUCGAGUGGCGCUUCAACAGCACGCUGCAACAGCGCCCCCUCAAGGGCUUCUGGGCGGAGGGUACGCGCAGCAUUGCGCGAUAUAUCCCUCACAGCCACACCGAGUAUGGGACCCUGCUGUGCACAGCCUCCAACCGCAUCGGCAAGCAGCGACAGCCGUGCGUCUUUCAUGUCGUCCAAGCAGUUCGGACAACUCCGAGUGUUUUACAACGAAUCUGUUCACAGGAGCUCUGCAAGGGCUUUGUUGCGGCGGGGAAGGUAUGA